CCCACUUCAAUUUCCCGCGCUCCGAAAUGCCAAUUUUUUUACCUCGCCCUUCCCCUAUUCCACACCCACCCAGUCAGCCAAUUACUUCCCUCUCCCGUCUGAUUCACCGGAUUAGCUUUCUCUUCCUUUCUGCUCCCAUGGACCGUCGAUCGACCACCACCGCCAAGCGAAUCUUGAAGCGGAAGUUGGAGCAAGAGUUCGCCGCAGAGGAUGGAAGAAACCGCAAGGUUAUGGUGUCUGAAUCCGACAAUGCCGUCCCGCAGCAGGAUAAGAGGAGCGAGAUCGAAUCCCAAGUCCGAGUCCUUAACUCCACUUUCUCUUCCAGCGAAUCCGAUCGCGCCGCCUCCAGGACCGCCGCUCAGUUUCUCUCCCAGCUCGCCAAGAAUGCGGAUUUCGUUGAGACGAUUGUGGAUUGCGGUGCCGUGCCUGCGCUGGUUAUGCAACUUCAGCCGCCACCUGAUGUGAGUGGAGAUGGUGCUUUCGAUCCAGUCCAGCUCGAGGUGGAGAAGGCCUGCUCGUUUGCUCUUGCCCUUAUUGCAAUACAGCCUCAGUAUCAACAAGUCAUUGUGGAUGCUGGAGCCUUGCCACUCCUUGUCGCUCUUCUUAAGAGGCACAAGAGUCAUAUCAACUCUGGAAUUGUUCCUCUGGUUAUUAGGAAAGCAACUGAUGCCAUCACAAACCUGGCACAUGAGAACAGUAACAUCAAAACAUUAGUCAGGAUUGAAGGCGGCAUUCCCCCUCUCGUCGAAUUGCUUGAUUCUGUUGAGCCAAAAAUUGUGGAACUCAAUGGCUUAGAUACUCUUGUAUUGAUGCUUGAGUCAGAGGAUACAAAAGUACAUUUUGAAGCAGUUGGGGCGAUAGGAAAUCUUGUCCAUUCAUCUCCACAUAUUAAGCAAAAGGUUCUCCAUGCUGGAGCUUUACAACCAGUUAUUAAUUUGCUGAGCUCGACUUGUUCAGAGAGCCAAAGAGAAGCAGCCUUGUUAAUAGGUCAAUUUGCUACGGCUGAUUCUGAUUGCAAGGUGCACAUUGUUCAGAGAGGAGCUAUUUCACCUUUGAUUGAUAUGCUCGAGGCUUCAGAUGUGCAGCUUAAGGAAAUGUCAGCAUUUGCGUUAGGGAGGUUGGCACAGGAAACACACAACCAAGUUGGUAUUGUAUAUCAUGGUGGCAUAGAACCACUCUUGAAGCUUCUUGAAGCUAAGAACGGGUCUCUGCAGCAUAAUGCUGCAUUUACUAUAUUUGGCCUAGCCAAUAAUGAGGAUAAUAUUGUUGACCUUAUCAAGGUUGGAGCAGUUCAAAAACUCCAAGAUGGGGAUUUCAUGUCGGAACCGACGAGGGAAUGUGUUUCGAAAACAUUGAAAAGAAUAGAAGAGAAUAUUGAUGGUCGAGUACUGAAGCGCCUUUUAUAUUCGAUGCGAGUUGUAGAGAGAACUGUUCAGAGACAAAUCGCUAUGGCUCUUGCACAUCUUUGUGCUCCUGCUGAUCGAAAAGCCAUUUUUCUUGAUAACAAUGGUAGCUAUUUUUGCCUUCUUUUGUUUGUAAAGUUAUGUUCUUACUCGAAAUUCUUUAAGGUUUGGUUUUCUCAUUCUCGUGCGACAUUCAUUACAGGGUUAGAUUUUCUGUUGGGACUUCUCGACUCAGGAAACCUGAAGCAUCAAAAUCAGGGUGCAGCUGCUUUGUACAAGUUGGCUACCAAAGCUCCUACAAUCCUUCCCGUGGAUACGGCUCCUUCAUCAGCCACCCCACAAGUAUAUUUGGGCGAAAAAUUUGUCAACAGUUCGACACUAUCAGAUAUUACCUUCUUAGUUGAGGGCAAACGAUUCUAUGCUCACAAAAUAUGUCUACUUGCCUCAUCGGAUACUUUCCGUGCAAUGUUUGAUGGGGGUUACAAGGAGGGGCAAGCUAAAGAUGUUGAGAUCCCGAACAUUACAUGGGAAGUUUUCGAUCUAAUGAUGAGGUUCAUAUACACUGGGUCAGUUGAAGUCAAUAUAGAUGUUGCUCAUGAACUCCUGAGAGCUGCUGAUCAGUAUCUCCUGGACGGUCUGAAGCGCCUCUGCGAGUAUGCAAUUGCUCAGGACAUCUCGGUAGACAACAUCACUCUCAUGUACGAGUUGUCGGAAAACUUUAACGCCAUGACCUUGAGAGAAGCGUGCAUACUGUACAUAUUUCAGCACUUUGAAGAACUAAGCACCAAGCCAUGGCGUUCUCAUCUGAUAAAGCGAAUUCUGCCCGACAUCCGGGAUUACUUUGCCAGAGCACUUGCCGUUGAUAAACCCUCUCCAUGCUUUGAUGCGAGGGAGAUGGUAGAUUAGGGUUUUGAGCUCUGCAACUAUUAGUAUAAGCAGUAGCAGUAGUGUCAGCCAUGGUGCCUAGGGCCCAUACCAGAUAGUUAGAUUCAGUUGUCCAAUGUAAAGGCUGCCCUAGUGGCAUGCUAAAGUGAGCUAUGCCCACUAUUGUGUUCAUUUUGUAAAUGAAGUUUUUUCAGCGAUAGCAUUUGAUUGCUUUGAUAUUUGAUGACGGGCCAGUCUCUUAAUUACACUACUGGAUGUAUUCCUUCAUCUUGUGUCCCCCCGUUCCUUGCUUCUGUCUACUCGUGUUUGCGUUGUUUAUUAGAACCGUAUUCUCGACUGGAAUUGUAUGUUGCAAAGCUGAUUUCUAAGCAAAAUGAAGAAAACGUGAC